CAGACUGGGGAGUGAGAUACUACGGCGAUUGUGUCUUUGGCCGAGGAGUAGAAGUGCGCUGGAAGUGAAGGGGCUGUGUCGUCAGGGGUAGAGGCGGGGAAAGCGAGAAAUCCCGAGGAACAUAUAUUCCCAUCCCCCCACACAUUUUGCAGGAUGGAAGCCCGAAGUUUGAGGGAGAAACUUGUGAGGAAAUAAAGGAAGUUAGGCUGAGGGGCAGAGAGCGAGACUUUUCUAUUUUCCAAAAGCUCGGUCUGAGGCCCCUCAGUCUUGCUUCCUACCCCGCGCUUGAGUUUCUCCCCGGUUGGAUGCUUUCAGGGGAAAUGAGAAGAGAGACAAUUCCUGGCUUUAGAGGGCCUUGUUCUCCUUGGCAGCUCAAGUUCUGAUUCCCGCCCUCCCUUCUCGGUUUAGGAAUGUUGUGCUGAGAAGCCACAAAAAAGGGUAUGGGCUUAUUUUGCCAAAGAAAGCACAGCAGUUGCACCCUGUUUUGCAAAAACCUUCAGUGUUUGGGAAUGAUUCUGAUGAUGAUGAUGAUGAGUACAGUGUAUCUGUAGCAUAAUUUACAGAAGUAUCAAAGGAAUAUUUAAAGAAGAAAGCUCCAUUGGUGGUUUUUUCCCCCUUUUGACCUCCGUGAGUGAAAGCCUUCAGAGGGAAGCUGCCAAGAAGCAAGCAAUGAAACAGACCAAACUUGAAAUUCAGAAGGCUCUUGCAGAAGAUUCUACUGUAUAUGAAUAUGACAGUAUUUAUGAUGAAAUGCAGAAAAAGAAGGAAGAAAGUAACCCCAAAUUGCUUUUGGGAAAAGACCGAAAGCCCAAGUACAUUCACAACUUACUGAAAGCAGUUGAAAUUAGAAAAAAGGAACAAGAAAAAAGAAUGGAAAAGAAAAUACAGAGAGAACGAGAAAUGGAAAAGGGAGAAUUUGAUGAUAAAGAGGCAUUCGUAACAUCUGCUUAUAAGAAAAAACUGCAAGAGAGAGCUGAAGAGGAAGAAAGGGAAAGAAGAGCUGCUGCACUUGAAGCACGUUUGGAUGUAACCAAGCAGAGAGAUCUCAGUGGAUUUUAUAGGCACCUAUUAAAUCAAGCAGUUGGUGAAGAGGAAGUACCUACAUGCAGCUUUCGUGAAGCCAGGUCUGGAAUAAAAGAAGAGAAAUCAAAAGGAUAUUCUGAUGAAGUAAGUUCAGAGAGCAGAAUACCUCAUGAGAACUGCAUUAGCCGAACUGGUGUGAAAGUAGAGGAAAACCCAGAUGCAGACAGUGACUUUGAUGCUAAGAGCAGUGAGAAUGAUGAAACGGAGGAAAAUAAAGUGAACUGCAGAAGGGAAAAGGGCACAGAGACCUUACAAAAUGACUCCAAGCAUCACAGGAAUCCCACCCACUCACCGUCAUCUAGUGAGGAAAGAGAACAUGGUACCAAAUGCCACACAAAAAGUUCCAAGUCAAGAGGACAUGAGAAAAGGGAAGGUCAACACCGAGAGAGACCAUCCAGGGAGCAGGACAGCUAUUACACUGACCGUGAUUCUCGAAAAGAAAAAAAGGAUUCCCAUAGGCACAGAGAGUCCAGUCACAGAGAUGCACACUGGAAGAGGCAUGAACAAGAGAGACUGAGGGGAAGAGACGAGAGAGAAAGAAAUGACAGAGAGUGGAAAAGGGAGAAAGACAGGGAGAAAUAUCCCUCCAGAGAACAGGAAAGACACAGACAACGAAAUAAUUAUGACCGACACAAUGAGAAAGGAUGCGAGAAGGAAGAGAAAAGCAAAGAAAAGGAAGAGCGUGUGAAAGCAAGAAAAGAAAGAUAUGAAAACAGUGAUAAAUACAGAGAUAGAGAAAAACGAGAAGUCAGUGUUGAAUCUUCAGAAAGAAAUCGAGACAGAAAGGAAAGCAGCCCAAAUUCUAGGACAAAGGAUAGGUUUCUUAACCAGGAAAGAGCCAGUAAAAUGAGAGACAUGGAAAAGGACAAAGAAAGAAACCCAGAGAAACCCCCUAGUUCUGAAGCGUCAUUGGGAGCAAAACACAGAAUCACAGAGGAAUGCCAAGAGACAGGCAAAGAACAAGAGAAGCCACAUGAGACAGUGAACAAGUUUGCAAAGCGGAGCAAUGAAGAGACUGUAAUGUCAGCAAGAGACAGAUACUUGGCCCGGCAAAUGGCAAGGAUUAACGCAAAGACAUAUAUUGAGAAAGAAGAUGAUUGAUGACUGCUCCAGUAGAAAGACCUAUGGAAGCCCAGAAAAUUACAACUCCUGAAACACGCUGUGUGAACACAUAAAGGAGUGUGUUAAGAGUGGUUGGGAGGGUAUUUUAAAAUAUAUUUUCAAAAUUCAUUUUGGGUUUAGAUUAAGUCAGAAGUCAGUCCUUUUAUCUUGAAUGUUUAACUAAGUUAAUAUGUAAUAUUAUUAGUACGACCUUCUUGGUUAUAUUCAAGUAACCUAAAGAGAAUGCUAAAUCCUCAUAGGUAAUAUGAGGAAAAUUAGCUCUACUAUGACCAUUAAAAAAUAAUUUAAACAACUCUUUAUUGUUGAUUUUGUUGCAGGAGCUGUUUAUAUUAUAAAUACUGUGUUUCAGAUAAAAAAUAAUGUGGAUUUGAAUGGAGAAUAUCAUUUUACUUUUUGUCCUUAAAUUUGUAUUAAAGUGUAAAAUAUAGAUCAUA